UAGUAGUAGGUGGGUGUUCGCACAAACCGCGUGUGUACGAUAGUUUUGAGGCGGAUUAGCGUGCAGUGUUGCGUGAAAAGCAGGCUUCACAUUGGCAAAGAGCUAGCCCAAUUUAUGCAACCGAAAAUGAGAAAGAACUCGUUUCAAUUUACAUAAGACGCGCGUGUAGCUUCGAGGGUCACCCGCAGUGUGUCUCUGGGUUUCGAUACGACAGCCGCUUUGUUUUCGUAACUAUUUUUCGAACACUCGCCGGUCAGUGAACAUAUCGCAAUGUGUUUGAGACAAGUUUUACUUCUAACGGUCGUGGCGCUGGCUGCCUCCUUCGGGGUGUGCGACGCGAAAAUUGCGCCUGACUUCAUACACCCUUGCAACACAACAGAAAAGGCUUGCCUCAUCAAAGCUACGAGAGAUGCUAUCCCGGACUUCUCGAAAGGUCUUCCUGAGCUGGGAGUGCCUUCACUGGACCCCUUCAUCAUUGACGAGCUCCCCAUACAACUGCCAGGAGUCAAGGUCACCUUUCUGGAGGGAAAAGUCACCGGGCUGAGAAAAUGCGAAGUUUUGAAUGUCGAGGCUUACGUGGAGAAAAAUAUCUUCCUACUUGAGGUGAAGUGCAACAUCACAAUCAAAGGAAAAUACACGGCGGUUGGCAGGCUACUGUUGUUCCCGAUCAACGGAGAAGGAGACUCCAAGAUUAAAAUCACGAAUUCCGUCAUCAAGUUGAACAUCAAAACGAAAUAUUUCAAGGACGCAGAAGGCCGUGAUCACUUCGGUAUCAAGAACUACAGAUACACCUUCGACUAUGGAGAGAAGAUCCACUACGUCAUCUCUAACCUCUUCAAAGGCAAUGCUGAAUUAAGUAACACCGUUCUACAAUUCUUAAACGAAAACUGGAGAGCUGUGACAGAAGAAUUCGGCAAACCAGUCGUCGACUACGCUAUGAACGUAACGAUUGAAACAGCAAAGAAAUUCUUCGACGCAGUACCAUAUGACGAGCUACUCUACGUACCUAUUCCUAAGUACUAGCUUAUAGUUCUAGUGUAAUCAAUAAAGUACCUCAAAUCACACAUGUUGGCUUGCCUACCGAGAGAACUGUUAAUACAAAUAUUUGUAUUAAACUGAAUACUGUUAUAGAAAAAUGAACGUUCAAAUGUAGGAAGAAUAUUUUUUCAAAAACGUCGAAAUUUUAUUUAAAAAUAUCAUAAAUUUAUAUAUUUGUUACUGUAUCCUAAUUUAAUGGUAAUUUUAUGAAAAUGGUGAAGAUAAGAAAAUACAGCAAAAUCUAAAAUUCAUUCGUAAAGGAUAAGUAAAAUAUUUGUAAAGUUAAUAAAAUAUCAGAUAUUGUUCCAAGUUAUAGAAUGUCGAAUCCUUUAUCCGUAAGUAGGUAUAACUUUUCCAGUAGGAUAACUAAACUAAUCUUCUGGAUCAGAAUCGAUGCAGACGGACUGUACGGUGAACAUAACUUAUAAAUUGCUAUGGCAACGUCUAGCGCGGAUGUGCCGGUCUGGUAACGUAGUUCUAUAGGAAUUAAUACAAAACAAGAAAUGAGAUGGUCCAGUCGCUGAGAUUCUGAUCCAGGGAAUGUGUAUGUUUAAAUUCCUCUGAAAACUUUCUUAAAUUGCAUCACGAGAAUGCAAAUUGUUGACCUUUGUUAUUUGUUACAAUGAAACAAGCAAAGACACCCUUGGUAGGCAAAGAACAUGUUUGUAAUCAUUCAGUUACCAUAGUUCUAAGGUAAAUAUUCCAUAAAUUAAAGAGGAUAUUAUUAAAUAGUCUGUAAGAACAAUUAUUGGUUAUAAGGACAAUCAUAAUUUAAGGAUACAUACUUUUUAAUAAGCAAGAAAUACUGUUGGUUGCUUUAUAACUUCUGAAAGUUAUAAUUUGCUUAUAAUAUAAUGUGAUACUUCUAUAAACACAUUGAGCAAGAAGAUGUACUGGUACAAUUAGAAGGAGAAAUAAAUACAUUUCAUUACU